GCCAGCCGCCCCGCCAUGCCGGCCGAGCCCCCCCGCUCCCCGCCGCUCCGCGCCGCCCGCCGCAAGCCGCUGCCUGAGGGCAGGGCCGUCGGCCAACGGGCCCCGCUGUGGCUGCGGGCCCGGUUUCAGGCGCUACUCUUCGCCCUGGGCUGCCGGAUCCAGCGGCACUGCGGGAAGGUGCUUUUCGUGGGGCUGCUGGUGUUCGGGGCGCUGGCCGUGGGGCUGCGGGUGGCCUCCAUCGAGACCGACAUCGAGCACCUCUGGGUGGAAGUGGGCAGCCGGGUGAGCCAGGAGCUGCGAUACACCAAGGAGAAGCUGGGCGAGGAGUCGGUCUACACCUCGCAAAUGUUGAUCCAGACCCCGAAGCGGGAUGAGAACAUCCUGACGCAGGAGGCCCUGCAGCUCCACCUCGAGGCGGCCUUGGCCGCCAGCAAAGUCCAAGUCUCGCUGUACGGAAAGUCGUGGGAUUUGAAUAAGAUCUGCUACAAGUCAGGUGUCCCCAUCAUUGAGAACGGCAUGAUCGAGAGGAUGAUAGAGAAGCUGUUCCCCUGUGUGAUCCUGACGCCGCUGGACUGCUUCUGGGAAGGCGCCAAGCUUCAGGGAGGCUCAGCCUACCUCCCGGGCCGCCCAGAUAUCCAGUGGAGCAACCUGGACCCUCUGCAGCUGAUGGAAGAGUUGGGGCAGUUCACAUCCCUGGAAGGCUUCAAAGAGCUGCUGGAUAAAGCAGAGGUAGGGCAGGCUUACAUGGAGAGGCCCUGCCUAGAUCCCUGGGACCCCCAGUGCCCCCCCAGCGCUCCCAACAAGCAGAGCCAGCAGAGUCCUGACAUCCCAGCCGAGCUCUCGGGAGGCUGCCAUGGCUUCUCCAGGAAGUUCAUGCGCUGGCAGGAAGAGCUUAUUUUAGGCGGCACAACCAAAGACUCCCAGGGCAAGCUGCUACGUGCCGAGGCCCUGCAGACCAUCCUCCUCAUGAGUCCCCGGCAGCUCUUUGAGCACUUCAAGGAUGACUAUGAGAUCCAUGACAUCAGCUGGAGUGAAGAGAAGGCAGGCGCCAUCCUGGAGGCCUGGCAGAGGAAAUUUGUGGAGCUGGCACAGGACUCCAUCCCACCCAACUCCACCCAGAGUGUCCACGCUUUCUCCACCACCACACUUAAUGACAUCAUGAAGUCUUUCUCUGACGUCAGUGCCAUCCGGGUGGCUGGGGGCUACCUCCUCAUGCUGGCCUACGCCUGUGUCACCAUGCUGCGGUGGGACUGCUCCAAGUCUCAAGGGGCUGUGGGCCUGGCUGGGGUCCUGCUUGUGGCUCUCUCCGUGGCCUCUGGCCUGGGGCUUUGCUCGCUGCUGGGCAUCUCCUUCAAUGCAGCCACCACCCAGGUCCUGCCCUUCCUGGCCCUUGGCAUUGGUGUGGAUGACAUGUUCCUCUUGGCUCACGCCUUCACUGAGACGAGCCAACACAUCCCCUUCAAGGAGAGGAUGGGCGAGUGCCUGAAGCGCACGGGGACCAGCGUGGCUCUCACCUCUGUCAGCAACAUGAUCGCCUUCUUCAUGGCAGCCCUGGUGCCCAUCCCUGCCCUGCGUGCCUUCUCCCUCCAGGCUGCAGUGGUUGUAGUGUUCAACUUUGCCAUGGUGCUAUUUGUCUUUCCUGCCAUCCUGAGCCUGGACCUGCAUCGCCGGGAGAAACGCCGGCUUGACAUCCUCUGCUGCUUCUACAGCCCUUGCUCCUCACGAGUCAUCCAAAUCCAACCUCAGGAGCUCGCUGAUGCCAAUGACAACCAUGCCUGCCACCCUUCCCCUUAUGGACACCCUGGUGUGGCCACCAGUACCCAGAUCACCACCACUGUGCAAGCCUUCACUCGGUGUGACCCUUCAGGCCACCACAUUGUCACCGUCCUGCCACCCACCUCCCAGGUGUGCACCUCGCCUGCCGUCCUCCUUCCCCCCACUGACCCCCUGGGCUCGCAAGUCUUCACCCCAUCCAGCUCCACCCGGGACCUGCUGGCCCAGCUGGAUGAGGCCAAGGGUGGGCGGGAAUGUGUCCCCUUGCCCUUCUGCCGCUGGAGCCUCGCUGACUUCGCCCGGGAGAAGUACGCCCCACUCCUCCUGCAGACUCGUACCAAGGCAGUGGUGGCAGUGCUGUUCCUGGCACUCUUGGGGCUGAGCCUCUAUGGCACCACCAUGGUGCACGAUGGGCUUUACCUGACGGACAUCGUGCCACGGGACACCAAGGCGCACGCUUUCAUCUCAGCCCAGUUCAAGUACUUCUCCUUCUACAACAUGUUCAUCGUCACCAAGGGUGGUUUCCACUACCCAGGUGCCCAAGCUGCCCUUCUCAGCCUGCAUCAGGCCUUCAGCACCGUCAAGUACGUGGUGCGGGAAGGCAACCAAGACCUGCCCAAGAUGUGGCUCCAUUACUUCCAGGACUGGCUGCGAGGGCUCCAGGCCACCUUCGACAGGGACUGGCAGGCUGGGCGCAUCACCCACGACAGCUACCGCAAUGGCUCUGAGGAUGGGGCGCUGGCCUACAAGCUCCUGAUCCAGACUGGCAACAAGAAGGAGCCCUUCAACUUCAAUCAGUUAACCACACGGCGGCUUGUGGAUGAGAAUGGCAAUCCCCCUGACACCUUCUACAUCUGCCUGACGGUUUGGGCCAGCAAUGACCUGGGCUUCGCCGCCUCUCAGGCCAACUUCUACCCUCCACCGCCUGAGUGGAUCCACGACAAGUAUGACACCACGGGCGAGAACCUGCGAAUCCCAGCAGCGCAGCUGGAGUUUGCACAGUUCCCUUUACUACCCUGAGUGGGCUGCGUCCCCACGGCGGACUUUGUGGAGGCAUUGGAGCGUGAGCGGCCCAUCUGCCGGGAGGCCUAGCCCAAGCGCCCAGGGGUGCUGAGCUAGCCCAGUGGCUACCCCUUCCUCUUCUGGGACAGUACAUUGGCCUGCCGCCACUGGUUCCUGCUGGCCAUCAGCAUCCUGCUCGCCUGCACCUUCCUUGUCUGUUCCUUGUUUGCUUGCUUCAAUCCCCUGUGGACGCGGGCCGGCCAUCAUCGUCUCCAUCUUGGCCAUGAGGCAGUGGAGCUGUUUGGCAUCAUGGGACUGAUGGGCAUCAAGCUGAGCGCCAUUCCCGUGGUCAUCCUCAUCGCCUCAGUGGGCAUUGGUGUGGAGUUCACUGUUCAUGUGGCUCUGGGCUUCCUGACAGCUGCAGGGAGCCGGAAUGUGCGCUCAGCUGCAGCACUGGAGCACACCUUUGCCCCUGUCAUGGAUGGUGCUGUCUCCACCCUCCUGGGUGUCCUCAUGUUGGCCGGCUCUGAGUUUGACUUCAUCAUGAGGUACUUCUUUGCAGUGCUCACCAUCCUGACACUGCUGGGGCUGCUGAGAUGGGCUGGUGCUGCUGCCUGUCUACUCUCCGUCAUUGGGCCACCUCCUGAGGCAUGCCCAGUGGAUAAUGGCCCCGUCUGCCCUCUGGAGUCGGUGCCCCCUCCAAUGGGCCCUGGGGGGCUGUAUGUCCGGCGUGCCCCAGCCUGGCCUGCCACCUUCCCCGACCCCUCGGACACAGAGGUCUACACAGAGAAUGUGGGCCCAGGCAGUCCUCAGGGACCAUUCAUCGCCCCUGCCCCAGCACACAUCCUGCUGGAGGCUGGCAAGGACCCCAGCUUCCCCCGCAUCACCGUGAGUGCUGAACCCUACAAGGACAGCCCCGAGGUCAGGGGAAGAAGGAAGCCCUUGCCCACAGCCUGCACCCCCCUGCCCUUCGGGGAGCCAUGCCCCACACCGCCCCAAGACUAUCCACAGCCCUGCCCACCAGGUGCUCGGCCACCCCCUGCUGCAGCCAUGCCCGCCUAUAGCACCCACUGCAGGUCCCAUUGGCAGCUAUGCUACUUCACAGCCACGCAUCGGUGACAGUGGCCCUGCACCCACACUGCCUGGCUCCUACCCCAGCUUUGGUCCGAGGCUUCACCAGCAGCGAGCGGACAGCCUGGAGAGCCCAGCGUGCCCAGUGCUUGUGGCACCUGGUGCCAACACUUGAGAUGCAGAAAUGGGACACCGCGGGGCAGGUGCUCGCGCUAGGUUGCCAGCUUGUGAGCAAAGCAUCUCCCCAGUGCCCUGUGGGCUUCAGGAGGAUGCAGAGUGGGGUCGCCCGUGUCGUGCUGCUAAUCGCCAGAGCGGCGAUGCUCCCGGUCUCAACCGAGGAGGACUGGGCCCCUGUGCCCCCACGAAGGACUUGGCAGGGCAGGCUGGCACUUCUAUGCAAGCUGUGUGCAGGCCACGCUGUGCCAGCAUGCCCCCUGCCCGGGGCUGUGCCAAUGGUGCCACAUCCCCUGCCCAAGUUUGGGUUACCCUACCAUGGGCUUGUUGCUCCCCCCUUCCCAGAAAUGGAAGCACUAACCCCCCUCUGUUUCUGGAGCUACUGGCAAGGCAGGCUUGGUGCCCUGCCAGCCUCCUCCCCAAUGUGGGGUCACUGCCUGCUCCCCAUCACCUCCUUCUGGGACCCCCACCCGGGCCACAAGCUGGGUGCCCCAACAAGUUGCCUGGGUGCCCCCCAUCCCGAUAAAGGGGGCAGCCCCAGAGCCAGCCAUGCCCUAGGUUGCUGUGGAGCAAAGGCCUGGGAUGGGCACCCCCCCACACCUUUAUUUAUGCAAAGGGAAACUAUCUAUAGAGAGAUAUAUAUUUUUAAGCUUAUUUUUAAAAGAUUUAUUCUCAGCCUAUGGCCUCA